GGGGCUCUCCCGGCGCGGCGAAGCGAGGGGAGCGGCCGCGCUCCGGGCGCAGGAGCCGGGUCCCUGGACGCCGCGCUCGGUGCCCGCAGCACGGUGCAGGAUGGGUGCUGCAGCGGUGCUGCCGGUGGCAGCCUGCGUGCUGCUGGUCCUGCUCCCCACGGCCAGCGGCCAGACCAGCGCUCCCUCCGGCUGCGGCAAGGACCUCUCCUCCCUCUACUACAACCUCUGCGACCUCUCGGCAGCCUGGGGCAUCGUGCUGGAGGCCGUGGCCAGCCUCGGUGUGGUGACCAGCUUCGUGCUCACCAUCGUCCUGGUGGCCAGCUUGCCCUUCGUGCAGGACCAUCAGAAGAAGAGCCUGGUGGCCACGCAGGUCUUCUUCCUUCUGGGCACCUUCGGGCUGUUCUGCCUGACGUUUGACUUCAUCGUGGGGCCGGAUUUCUCCACCUGCGCGUCCCGACGCUUCCUCUUCGGCGUCCUCUUCGCCAUCUGCUUCUCCUGCCUGCUGGCGCAUGCCGUGGCCCUCAACUUCUUGGUGCGGAGGAACCGCGGCCCGCGGGGCUGGGUGACGCUGGCGGUGGCCCUGCUCCUCGCCUUGGUGGAGGUCAUCAUCAACGCCGAGUGGCUCAUCAUCACGGUGGCGCGGCAGGAGGGCAGCUCCUCGGACCCUUGCCAGUUGGCGGACGCUGACUUCGUCAUGGCGCUCAUCUAUGUCAUGUUCCUGCUGGCGGCCGCCUUCGGCACCGCUUGUCCGGCUCUUUGCGGCCGCUACAGCCGCUGGCGCAAGCACGGCGCCUUCAUCCUGGCCACCACCGGCCUCUCCGUGGCCAUCUGGGUGGCAUGGACGGUGAUGUACCUCUAUGGGAACCAGCGCGCGGGCGAGAAGCCCGGCUGGGAUGACCCCACGCUGGCCAUCGCGCUGGUGUCCAACGCCUGCGCCUUCCUCCUGCUCUACAUCAUCCCCGAGGUGACGCACGUGACGCGGCGCGGCCCCGAGCAGCCCUUCGAGGACGACGUGUACCCCACGCGCGGGGUGGGCUACGAGACCAUCCUCAAGGAGCAGAAGUCGCAGAGCAUGUUCGUGGAGAACAAAGCCUUCUCCAUGGACGAGCCCUCCUUCGCCAAGAAGCCAGUGUCACCAUACAGCGGCUACAACGGGCAGCUCCUCACCAGCGUCUACCAGCCCACCGAGAUGGCUCUGAUGCACAAGGGACCGGCCGAAGGUCCCUAUGAUGUGAUCCUGCCGCGCGCCUCCACGGCCAGCCCUGCCGCCGGCAGCACCAGCUCCACGCUGCGAGCCGAGGACGCGUUCGCGGCGCAGGCCCGGCACGGCAGCGCCCCGCGGGACGGCAGGACCUGCCAGGUGCAGUCCCCGUACAGCAGGAACCGGUGGUGAAGCCCCCAUGGCACGGAUCCCGCAGCACCAGCACAGCCGCGGCACCACCAUCCCGCUCCCGAGGUCUCACCAAGCCUCCUCCUGCCCCACCACGUUCAUCCCAUCCCAUGCAGCAGCCGGAGCCGGGUCCUAUGCAGGAGAUGCCUGGAUGCAUCCGGAGCCACCGCUCCUGCCUGUGGCACCCACAAGCUGCCAGCUCUGCCCGGACCCCACAUCUCUGCCGCAAGGACCAGCUCCCAUGGGGCCACCCCGACUUGUCCCCUCGCUGCCUUCGUGAUGCACGGACACCCCCUGUCCCCAUGCCAGGGACCACGCACUGCCAGGGAGCCAGGGGACGCCUGCCCAGGGAUCCCAGUGGCGCUGAGCCCUCAGGUCCACGCUGACUCUCGCCACCCCCAGGGGUGUCGCAGGCCUUGAACUGAGCCAGCACCGUCCCGCUGCAGGGCGCAAGGUGACAUGAAGCUCUCCCCAGCUCUGGCUCCUGCUGUGCCUCAGUUUCCCCAUUGCUGGGGCUGGGACCUGACCCCUUUGCGGCUCCAGCCGCCUUCUCGGUGCCUUUCCCCUCCUCGGGGCUCAGGGAUCCCUCCUGGGGAGCAGGGAGGGAGCUGGGCCCUCACCCUCCUCCUGGCUUCUCUAUUUUUCCUCUUUCCUCCUUUUUUUCAGGUCAGCCCCAAUAAAGGUGGUUUUUCCUA